GAGCAGAGCGCUGCGCAAAAACAGAAAAGCCGAGCGCUACCGGCUCAGAAACUGUCGGCAGAGAUCAGAGGAGCUGGAGCCGGAGCGGGGGCCGGGACCGGGACCGGAGCCGGGACGGGAGGCGAGCGGCGGCAGCAGCAAGCAGAAAGACAGACACAGAGAGAGGGGCUAGACGCAAAAGCAGCAAGAGAGGAAAAAAAACUCAUCAGCACGUCCAUAAAAAGCAGAGUGAUGAUGAACAUAAUAAUAAAAGAAGAAAAUGAAAGACUAUUAAUAGAAGAAAGAAACAAUUAAAAUCUUUAAAUAAAUAAGAGGAAAGCCCUGAGAAAUCGGGGAAUGAAAGUUUUGGGUAGCAAAGCUGAGCUCUGCCUUUUUUUUACAUGAAAUCUUUUUGCGGGGUAUAAUUUUUAUUUAUUUUUUUUUUUUAAUUUCGCGGGUUUCUGCAUUUUCCUUGCAUCUGAAGAGGGCAUGUCCGCCGGCUCCUCCAGCAGCACCUACCCCUCCGGCUCCCAUCAGGAAGACAAACCGAGGACAAUCUUGAAAUAUAUAACAAUUUGCUCCUUGGGAUUUGCUGCUGCUGCCUCCGCCGCUGCUGCUGCCGCGGUGCAGUGCCAAGACUCUCGGAAUAAAUAAAAGCGGGCUACUGUGUAUCUCUAGAUCCAACCAGCUAAUAGCUAUUAUUAGUUGUCCAUUUAUUUCGAAGAUCACAGAUGAAGUGGGGACGCCUGUCUUCUUCAUUGGGUCAGCGUGUGAAACAAUAAUACUCGUAACAAAAAGAAGGGAGAUGGGGGAGAAAAAAAAUCCUAACAUGAAUCAGAAGAAAUAAUAUCUAGCAUCCCCCCCCCUAAAUCAACCACUUCCCCCCUCCCUUUCCUUCCCCCUCCCCCGAUCCCUCUCUCCACACGCUCGCAGGCGCGGACACACACACACACACACACACACAGAGCUAGACACGCAGAGGCACACACGCUGUAGUGUGUAUUUUCGGAGGAGGAGGUGGUGGUGGCUUUUGGAAAAAGAGGAAGAGGUGGUGUUGGGGAGGGGGGAUCUCUUUCCCCGUUUGGAGAUGAUUGUGCUAUUCCUCUUUGCCUUGCUCUGGAUGGUGGAGGGGGCCCUUUGCCAGCUCCAUUACACGGUGCAAGAAGAGCAGGAGCAUGGCACGUUCGUGGGGAAUAUCGCCGAGGAUCUGGGCUUGGACAUUACAAAACUUUCGGCUCGCCGCUUCCAGACGGCGCCCAACUCCCGCAGCCCUUACCUGGAGCUCAACCUGGAGACCGGGGUGCUCUACGUGAACGAGAAGAUAGACCGGGAGCAGAUUUGCAAGCAGAGCCCCUCCUGCCUGCUGCAUCUGGAGGUCUUCCUGGAGAACCCCCUCGAGCUGUUCCGGGUGGAGAUCGAGGUGCUGGACAUCAACGAUAAUCCUCCCUCUUUCCCGGAGCCCGACCUCACCGUGGAGAUCUCAGAAAGCGCCACGCCGGGCACCCGCUUCCCGCUGGAGAGCGCAUUCGACCCCGACGUGGGCACCAACUCGCUGCGCACCUACGAGAUCACCCCCAACAGCUACUUCUCCCUCGACGUGCAGACGCAGGGCGACGGCAACCGCUUCGCCGAGCUGGUGCUGGACAAGCCCCUGGACCGGGAGCAGCAAGCAGUGCACCGCUACGUGCUGACAGCGGUGGACGGCGGGCAGCCCCAGCAGCGCACCGGCACCGCCCUGCUCACCAUCAGGGUGCUGGACUCCAACGACAACGUCCCCGCCUUUGAGCAACCCGUUUACACCGUGUCGCUGCCGGAGAACUCGCCGCCGGGCACCCUGGUGCUGCAGCUCAACGCCACUGACCCCGACGAGGGUCAGAAUGGCGAGGUGAUCUACUCCUUCAGCAGCCACAUCUCGGCCCGCGCCCGGGAGCUCUUCGGCAUUGCGCCGCGCACAGGGCGGCUGGAGGUGAGCGGCGAGCUGGACUACGAGGAGAGCAGCGUGUACCAGGUGUACGUGCAAGCCAAAGACCUGGGGCCCAACGCCGUGCCGGCGCACUGCAAGGUGCUAGUACGGGUUCUGGACGCCAAUGACAACGCGCCCGAAAUCAGCUUCUCCACCGUCAAAGAGGCGGUGAGCGAGGCGGCGGCACCGGGCACCGUGGUGGCCCUCUUCAGCGUCUCGGACCGCGACUCGGAGGAGAAUGGGCAAGUGCAGUGCGAGCUACUGCAGGGAGACGCUCCCUUCCGCCUCAAGAGCUCCUUCAAGAACUACUACACCAUCGUCACCGAGGGGCCGCUGGACCGCGAGCAGCCGGGGGGCGACGCUUACACCCUCACCGUGGUGGCCCGGGACCGUGGCGAGCCGCCGCUGAGCACCAGCAAGUCCAUUCAGGUGCGGGUGAGCGACGUGAACGACAACGCUCCGCGCUUCAGCCAGCCCGUCUACCAGGUCUACGUGAGUGAGAACAACGUGCCCGGCGCCUACAUCUACGCCGUCAGCGCCACCGACCGGGACCAGGGCGCCAACGCCCAACUCGCCUACUCCAUCCUGGAGAGUCAGAUCCAGGGCAUGUCCGUCUUCACCUACGUCUCCAUCAACUCUGAGAACGGCUUUCUCUACGCCCUCCGCUCCUUCGACUACGAGCAGCUCAAGGAGUUCAGCUUCCAGGUGGAGGCCCGCGACGCCGGUGAGGAGCCUCAGCCUCUGGCCGGCAACGCCACCGUCAACAUCAUCGUGGUGGACCAGAACGACAACGCUCCGGCCAUUGUCAGCCCCCUGCCCGGCCGGAACGGCACCCCGGCGAGGGAGGCGCUGCCCCGCGGCGCUGAGCCGGGCUACCUGGUGAGCCGGGUGACAGCGGUGGACGCCGACGACGGGGAGAACGCCCGCCUCACCUACAGCAUCGUGCGGGGCAAUGAGGCCAGCCUCUUCCGCAUGGACUGGCGCACCGGGGAGCUGCGGACGGCGCGCAGGGUGCCGGCCAAGCGCGACCCCCAGCGCCCCUACGAGCUGGUCAUCGAGGUGCGCGACCACGGGCAGCCGCCGCUCUCCUCCACCGCCGCCAUCCAGGUGGUGCUGGUGGACGGCGCGGCCGAGCGGCCCGGCGGCGGUGGCGGCCUGGGAGUGGGAGCGGGAGCGGGCGCGGGGGGCGGCGGCGGCGGGUCCGGCGAGCAUCGCCCCAGCCGCUCUGGGGGGGACAGCUCACUCGACCUCACCCUUAUCCUUAUCAUAGCCCUGGGCUCCGUCUCCUUCAUCUUCCUGCUGGCCAUGAUCGUGCUGGCAGUGCGCUGCCAGAAGGAGAAGAAGCUCAACAUCUACACCUGCCUGGCCAGCGACUGCUGCCUGGGCUGCUGCUGCUGUUGCCCUUGCUGCAGCCGCCAGGCGCGGGCCCGCAAGAAGAAGCUCAGCAAGUCGGACAUCAUGUUGGUUCAGAGCUCCAACGUGCCCAGCAACCCGGCGCAGGUGCCGGUGGAGGAGUCGGGGAGCUUCGGAUCCCACCACCACAACCAGAACUACUGCUACCAGGUCUGCCUCACCCCCGAGUCCGCCAAGACCGACCUGAUGUUCCUCAAGCCCUGCAGCCCCUCCCGCAGCACCGAUGCCGAGCACAACCCCUGCGGGGCAAUCGUCACCGGCUACGCCGACCAGCAGCCCGACAUCAUCUCCAACGGCAGCAUCUUGUCCAGCGAGACAAAACAUCAGCGUGCUGAGCUCAGUUAUCUAGUUGACAGACCCCGACGAGUAAACAGUUCUGCAUUCCAGGAAGCAGACAUAGUAAGCUCUAAGGACAGUGGUCAUGGAGACAGUGAGCAAGGAGACAGUGAUCAUGAUGCCACUAAUCGAGGUCAAUCCUCUGGCAUGGAUCUCUUCUCCAAUUGCACGGAGGAAUGUAAAGCACUGGGCCACUCAGAUCGGUGCUGGAUGCCUUCCUUUGUUCCAUCCGAUGGACGCCAAGCUGCAGAUUACCGCAGCAAUCUGCAUGUACCUGGCAUGGACUCCGUUCCAGACACUGAAGUGUUUGAAACACCAGAAGCCCAGCCGGGUGCAGAAAGGUCCUUCUCCACCUUCGGCAAAGAGAAGGCCCUUCACAACACUCUGGAAAGGAAGGAGUUGGAUGGACUGCUGUCUAAUACACGAGCGCCUUACAAACCACCAUAUUUGAGUAAUCAGGAAUAAUGUGGAUUAGAAAGGAAAAAAAAUGGAUGCAGAGUAGAUUCACCAAAGAAGUUACGGGGAUGACAGACUCCUGUUUUAGCAAGUGACCUGAGUCCUCUGACUUUAUCUUUUCACCUCCAGCAUCAUGGCUGCAUUCAGCACUGGAAAAGGAUUCAUUAAGGAAACUGCUUGAAUGCAACCUUUCUUUAUUCAUAAGGAAUUUUGUAGGUGUUGAUACUGUGGAUUUAUCUCAUGUUAGAGUAAAAUUCUGUCACUUUGUGACUUCUUUAGUUGCCUGUUUGUGCUUUAAUUUGACAUCCAUCUAUUCUGAACUGGAAUUCAGACGACAAUUGAAUGUCACUGCACACAGCUGUGGGUACUGGUAGGAACUGAGGUCUAAAGAUCUUGCUUACAAAUGAGAUGCAGUAAUAACUGUUUUUCCUGCUCUACCUGAGGUGAAGUGCUGUAUGCUUUGUACUUGCAAUAUUCUUCAUGUCCAAUAUGGCUCCACUGCUUCUAAUUAUUAAACAGGAUCCUUCCCAGCACUGGAAUGCUACUGUCUGUUCUCUUGCGCUCUGUGACUGCCUGUAGCCUGUGUCAGAUAGCUUUCUUUCCUAACAAGUCCUAGACAUGGUGCAGGUGUCAGAACACAGGCCAGGAACCAUUCCUGAAAGCAGAUUGAAUAUGAUCACACUUUAUGGCUCCCAUAUAUUGCUUGAUAUGGCUGAGAAGUUUUAAUAAUGUGGAUAUAAAUCAUUUCAUUCUCUUAGUCCUAAGUGACAAAGAACAGUCAUGGGCAAACCUCAUUCAUGGAUAGAAAUGGAGCCAAUAUGUCUUUUUGAAUAAGGGAAGUUUCAAAAGGAUCGUUGGAUGUUUAUAUGACACAAUUAAGUAUGUUGCCUUGGUAAACUGGGAAGGACUCUCUGAGAUCUGAGUGUAUGCUACUCAUGAAAAAUAAUAAGUACUGUCCUUUAUACAUUGCAAAUUAAAACGUUUACAAAAAGAGAGAUGGCAUACCUGCCAGAUCCUGAUGCCACCUAAUUCCUGUUAGGAGAGGAAGGUGGUGGAGGAAAGAUCAAGGCAAUGACAAAUUGUAUAGGAUUACACAGUGUGAUGCUGGUGUAAUACUAUAAUGCAUGUUAUCUUGUGUAAGAACAAGUAAAUUUAAUUAUUUCAGGCCAAAUCCAUCAUGACUAAUUUAGGCAUCUCUGAAGGCCACCAAAUGGUGACUUGUACAUGUCUUCUGCCUUGAAUCUUUUGGGAAGUUAGGCACUUAGGAGUAAUACAGGAGGAACAGCUUUUCUCCCCAGGGCACUGAAAAUUUUAAGUCACAUUGUAGCCAGCCUUAAGUGAAUUCUGCAUUGGUUAACUCUCAGACUGACAUGUUCACUUUUAGGCUUGUCAGCUUAAAGAGAUUUAUAUAGUAGAUUUCAGAAGAGUGCAAUAAAAUGGUGAAUUUUGAAACAGACAAAACCCAACCAAAAACCACGUGUAGGAAGAAGAGAAGAAUAUUGAGGAGAAGAAAGCAUUGUUGCAUGCAAAUACAUAAGCAAAUUUUGUGAAAAGAAAAAAAAGCCAGGGGAAUCCAAUAUCGAUAUUACUAAGGAAAAUACCAAAGUUACUAGCUUAGAGUGAAUCAGGAAAAUUGGGAAUACACUGCCAGAACAUGCAUGCAAUUAUAGAGCAACUAGUUGAUGGAGAAUUUGGAAGUAUUCUUGGGGACUGUGAUUGCUAAUUUUGACAUAUAUCAGGAAUAAUUUAGGAGUUAUUUAAUUGGUUUUAAUAUAGUACAUAAUUAUAAGAACUCAUGCAAAAUUAAAUAUUCCAUUAUUCUCUGAAUGUAAUGGUAACAUCAUGUAUUAUCUUUAGUGUUUUCAGGUAGGUAGUAUAGUUAUAAUAGUACAGAAGGACAAAAAUGCUUUCUUCUGCUCACUGUGUCUUGUGGGAAAACUGUCUUUGGUAUUUUUUAUGGUACAUUAUAGAAUAUAGCUUAGCACUUUCUGUGCUGAAUUGUAGUAGCUAAAGAGCAUUGUUUCUGUAGUAAAUAAUGGCAACCAGAGAUAAAUCAAAUCUGACGUGUACUAUGCCACUAGGCUGUUGCUGCAGUGAAAAAAGGAUGUCAACAUUUAGAACAGAAAACCAAAUGCACAUGAAAGUAUCUUAUGUGCCCCAGAACAUUAAUUACAAAACCCAGGACCUGGUUCAAAACAAAAGCCUUCUUAAUUGUAUGUUUAAUGUAAAGCACCUCUUGAUUAAAGUCCGUGCUUAAAGUUUAGCCUAUGCCUGAGGAUAGGCCUAAACAAAGGGAAAUUUUGUCACAUGACCUGGGACUUGGGUUCUUAUUCUUAAGAACUGAAAUGUUUUGGUUUGGUUUGAUUUUUUUUCCAGAGGAUAAGCUAAGUCCAGGUAGAACAUAAAUCUUAGAGCACUCAAUAGCACCAGAGAAACAUUUCAGUGACUGUCGUUAUGUGUCAACGCUGUAUCAGGCAUCCUUCUUGCAAUAUGAAAGUAUUUACCAAGACAUGUUCCAAACAUCAAAAAUACCUUUUUAAGUGUGCACUUUCCAAUCUUGAAGUGAAGCUAAUAGAAAUGGCAAUGUGUGUCAGUCAGAAAUUUGGUCAAUAAACUGUUUAAAAAAAAUCUGUUUAAGUUGUUCAGAUUUCAAAACUGGUGGUUUUGUAUGUAAAUGCAAAGGAAAAACCUCUUUCCCCUUUUUCAUAGGUAACACUAUAGUAGGUAACACUAUUCAUCAUGUCCACUAAAAUACAGUCAGUGCAGUGUUCACCAGUGACAAAUUUUGACUUGGCUGGGAAUCACUGUUUCUUGAAUCGCUUUAAAUGAAUUUAGACAUGGAAAUGUAUGCAUUUAGUGCAGAUAAAAGGGCAAUAUAUGUGGUUGCAUUUUUUACUUUAUACAAAAGAUAGCUUUUUGGCAUAAUCACCUGUGUUCCAGAAAUAAAGAUAUCUUUGCAAA